AAUCAGCGUCUUGGGCGUCUCGAAGACCAGACACAACGUCUCGAAGACCAGACACAACGUCUCGAAGACCAGACCCAACGUCUAGAGGCCGAGACCUGUUGUCGUGUAUCGCCCUGGACAUGGCAUUCUCGAGCCGGAAUCCUCACGAUUUCCUCGAAACGCGGACGAGUUUUACUCCCUGAGGGACCCGCAAACUGACCGGCACCGGUCCAUGCUGGCCUACCUUGCCGUCUUCUACGACGUCCAACUCAGAAGUGCUGGUCAUUUGCCUGAAGAGGAAAGCAACAGCGACGAUAGUGACGACGACGAAAUCAUACUCGAACACCCUGACCUCGUCGUGGAGAAGUUGGAAGACAUACUCGGCCUGAAUGAAGAUAAAAUUACCAAGUUCAAGGAGAGAGCUCUGCAAAUGGCAUCACGAGCGCCAUCGAAACCCAUCAAACGCUCCCAAAUAUCCUGGCCUGGAGAUGGACCUAUUCCUGGCCCACGCCGACAAAGACUCGAAUUACGUAUCACUGCCGAGAAUCAGCCAUACUUUUAUGAUCCCGAUCGCCCGAAGAGUGUGUCCUCUGAAGGCUUAACCAAUGCACAUGUUGGAUGGGGUACACGUUCAACGCCUUCCUCGCAAAGGGCACGACUACAGUGGUCUCCCAAGCUGGCGCACGUGUCCGAGCCACCCAAACCUGAACCAGAGCGACCGAAGUCUGCGUCUAAGAGUACCGAGGCUGAGUCAACAGAUACCGAUAACGAUACACACGUGUUUACGAACUCGCCGGAACGGUGAUCUCAGAAGACACGGGCGGUUGAAACCAGUGGCCCAUCAGCCAGGCGGAUACCGCCACCCCCAGGGUGGUAUACAAUUGUCGACUUAAUACUUUCUACGAUGGAGCGUAGAAUGUCAAUGGUCAAGUGCGCACGGGUUUUGGGUGCAUGGAAGGAGGUUUGCGAGCAGGUCUAGGACGUGUGUGAAAGGAGCUGGAGAGUGACUGAGCUAUCUUUUCAGUGAUAACAGUUUGGCUCUCGGCUCUUGGCACCGCGUUUACCCUUAGGUAUAUACUGACAUUCCCCCCUAGAGCUUCU